AUGUUCCUCGGACCCGGCGGCUCUCCCAAGAGUCCGAAAGCAAAGGCAUGUCCAAGACAAAUCCUCUCUCGGCCAAAAGGGCAUACAUUCACCCCUCCCUCCUUCUUCCAAGGAGUUCAGCCGGCGAGAGAAACUUUUACAGAUCCUGGAGGAGCUGUGAGGUAUGCCAAGAGCACCAAGACGACGCUAGGAGCAGUGGCUGACAACGCUUAA